AUGACCAAAGAUAAUUAUACUGAAGGUUUCAAGAAUAAUUCUGUAAAUGAAAGUGUUUGUUUCGAAGUGUUAACAGAUGAAGAAGUUGCAUUUGAAUAUAGUGUAUUUAUUUGUUCACAAGAUCUCAUCACAUUAGAAAAUGCAUGGGAUGAAUACAUUGAUUGA